UCAUAACCUUAAUUUUUAUAAAAAUAAUUACAAUAAUUUCAAAACUAGAAAACGGAUAGUUUAAAUUUAGAAUGUUAGGAAAAGGAUCUUUAUCCCUUUUAAGUGAAUACGGAGGAGACAGUUCAGAGGACGAUGAGCUUGGACCAAGAUUAGCAAGAAAACGUACUCUUGAAGAACAAGAUGAAGAGGACCAUAGUUUUAAAAAGAGGUCUUUUAGGUUACCAGUACCAGAGGUAUUAUUAAAAGAUAAACAAACUGUAGAAGAACAUGUUGAUGAUCCCCAUUUGCAUGGUGGUAGGAUAAGAUCUUUUGCUCAUGAAAGAGGCAAUUGGGCAACAUUUGUAUAUAUUGCAUUGAAUCAUACAGAAGGGAUGCUAGAAUUAAUUAAUGAAAUAAUAGCAGCAGUUCCUAAUAUUCCUUUAAUUUGUGUUGACAAUUUCCAUAUUAGUCUGACAAAAACUGUGAUAUUAAAACACCACUGGAUUAAUUCUUUUGUUGAUGGUGUUAGGUUAAAGACAAAUUAUUUAAAAAGGUUCAUGAUUCUUUUUGACAGUCUCAAGGUAUAUUGUAAUGAAGAACGCACCAGAACAUUUAUAGGAAUUCAAAUCAAAUCUGGAUAUGAUUCAUUAAUUAAAUUGGUAGAUAUUCUGAACAUUUGUCUAUCAGAAUUUAAGUUGCCAUCCUUUUAUAAUGACCCAUCUUUUCAUAUGAGCAUAAUUUGGUGCUUGGGUGAUUAUGAAGAGGAAUUAAAUCGAAUAUUGCCACAAUUAAACGCUAAAUUGCACGAUUUAAUGGACAGCUCCAAUCAAGAAAAUUGGUACAUAUAUGUCCAGUUUAUCAUGUGCAAAACUGGAAACAAAUAUUUUAAAUUUGAUUUAACCUAAAUAUAAGAAUUGUUACUCAUUUUUUUUUUUAAUAAAACAUUCAUAAUGUCACUAUU